CCCCACUUUGGGUUGCUAUUUCUUCCCUUAAAUACUCCUUCUCCCAGCUAUCCUCUACCCCUGCAUGGGAUAUGCAUCUCGGCCCCAGCAUGCUGGCUCCUGUCAAUAAACCUCGUGUGAUUACAGCAAGGACAGUCUCUCAUGAGUUUUCAGUGGGUCAUGUUAUCCUGAGACUUGGGUGAGAGUCUCCCAACUCCGGGGGUCUUUCAAUACAUGCCUCUAACUUCUGAGUGCAGGGUUUAAAUGUGUGAGCCUCUACCACAGCUUGUCCAUUUUACUUUUCUUUUCUAAUUUGUAAUUGUUUACACAAUUUCUCUCAUGUUUACUGUUGAUUUGUUUACUUUUCUCUCUAUGUUUUUAAUAGGGAUUUCUCUUGCACUGUGAUAUCCCAUUCACACCUCCCAAAAAUAUUUUGUGAUUAUGUUAUAAUGUCUGUGUCAUGGAAUAUGUGUGAGGACCACCAGAGACUUAUGACUAUACAGUCAGAGAAGUCUAUGUUUACCAUGUUGUCAAUAUCAUGAUCUCUGUUGUACACAUAUUUGGGACAUUUCAGAAUGCAGUGACCUAUGAUGAUGUACAUGUUGACUUCACUUGGGAAGAGUGGAAGUUGCUGGAUCCUUCGCAAAGGAGUCUCUACAAAGAGGUGAUGCUGGAGACCCACAGGUAUUACCUCGCUAUCAUAGGAUACAGUUGGGAAGACCAUAAUAUUGAAGAACAUUGUCAAAGUUCCAGAAUUCAUGGAAGGUAAUUAUCAUGUGCAAGCGGAUACAAAUGUGCCUCUGAAGAAAUUGUAAUGCACUCUAGAUGUUUUAAACAAAGGCAAGAGUGUAAAGAAGCACAGCUUCAUGCGCACUGAUGAUUAUUAAAUUAUCACAAAACCAUAUUCCUCAGUUAUAGAUAGGUGAAUUGCAUUUACAAGACAUUCUUAAGAAAGAAGACAAGCAAGCAAUGCCUUAACAGAUUUCACCCUUUGAAUCAUAGCUCCAUGAGAGCUAUGCUAUAGAACUGCCGAUCUAUUUAGUUUCUUACCACUCAUAUUGAAAAAUGUAUAUAUAUUGAAGGCGUGAUAAGUACAUUUCCAAAGCUUUCUAAUAAGCAAACGGUGCAUAGUAAAGCUAGUGUUAGCCAUGUGCUUGCUAUGACUGUACUAAAUUUAGUUCGGGGCAGUUAGAGUCAAGAGUCAAGGGGCAGUCAUUGCUGAGAAAACAUAAUGCCUAUACUAUAUGUCUGUGAGGAAUAGAUAGUCAAACUAUGCUAUUCAAUGUGUAAAUCUUUUAUUUGGUAUUCUUGCUUUUCUUGGUAGC